AUAUAAAAGCACAGAGCAAAUGGUGAAAGCAUCAUCUUCCAGGCGGAAUUCUCCCUAGCGCAAUGAUCUAUGUGUCGAGCUUGCCGCUGCCGCUGCUGCUGCUGCUGCUGUCAGCGCACAUUGCUCUCGUGCGCACCUCUCCGCCGACUUAUGAAGACAGGGAUCCGAUCACCGGAAAGCCCAUACAGUGUGAGCGCUGUCCCCCGGGAACAUUCCGGCGCGCUCGCUGUUCCUCGACGAAAAACACCGAAUGCUCCCCGUGUCCAGAAGGGUCCUUCACGCAGCUGUGGAACCACAUUAACAAGUGUCUGCGUUGCGGAGUCUGUAAUCGCAAUGAAGUGGUAAAGAGGGAAUGCACAGCCCACAAUGACUGCGAGUGCGAGUGUAAACAGGGGUACUUCUACAACCCGGGGUACGGCAUGUGUGACCGCCACGGCGUGUGUCCAUCCGGGCAAGGAGUACUGACCGAAGGUACAGCUGAGAAAGACACAGUGUGCCACAUUUGCUCCAACAACACCUACUCUGACACUUUUUCUGCUCACCAAAAGUGCAUGACGCACAAGAAUUGUAGUGAUGCAGGGUUGCAGAUGGUGCUGAAGGGAUCCACAUGGCAUGACAGUUUAUGUGCAAACUGCACAGACGUCAAAGAUGCAGCAGAAUACCUCAAAGAAAUCAUCCCAGCAUUUUUUGUUCACCAUCCUAUGAACAUCCAAAGGUUACGUCGAAUCGUGUACAAGCUCCCAUCUGAGGAUGGCAAAAAACAGGAAAGAAAUUCAGGAAAAGAACUCGACUUGUCAGACCUUCAUGCGCAGAUCAACACCUGGGCUGCCUCUGCCACAGGGAGCCAGAUUCGCCAGCUUUUAACCGUACUCACUCCAACAAAAGCGAGCGGCAUUGCUGACAGACUACAAAACAAGCUGAAACAUAUUGAUAGAAAUCUAGCAGAACAAUGUUGUUUGGAAGUCAUUAAUAUGGUGAAUUGAAGUUCAUUGUAACAUCAGAUAGAAAAUUAUUAACAGUCAACCAUUUCUUUGAAUUUGAUUUUCUUUGUUUAGUUUCAGACUUGCUGCUUUGUUCAAAAUGCACUGUUAGCACAGGCUUUAGCACAUGGAGACAAGGACACUACUGAGAAGCUGCAGUAGGCCCUUUUACUUCACUUUCUAUGUACACACCUAAUAUUCAUCCCUGAGGGACCAAAUAAUCCAAAACUGUAACAAACUAAUAAAUUCUAAAAUACACAUCACUUGUUCUAGAGGAGGUUAUAAAACAACUAUAAAAAUGUAUGUUUUUACUCAGAGGUCAGUUCAGUUUAAUUACUUAGUGUAAAAACUUGCAGAAAAAUACAAACAUUUGCUUUAAUGAUGACAAGAACAGCCUACACUUUAUCUACCUCUUUCCAUGCCUGCUUUAAAGAGACGUGGCAUGUGUUUGUGCCUAUAGUUUCAGAGGUUUAAGAGUUUUCAUUUCUGUUGUAGCUCAGUGUAUACAGAGCUAUGCUAAUUUAUUAUUUUAAUUAAUUUAUAUGAAGAGAGUAAGUUGGGACAUCAGUGAGACAAAAUGUGGAACAGUUUUGUUUAUCAGUCUUUACUUUUUUACAUGAAAAAUGAAAAUAAUAUUUGUGCAUGUAAUGCUGGACUUGGCUGCUUUUAUUAUUGUCAAAUAAAAAAUAUAAAAAUAUA